UCAAAGAAAGUUGAACCUGCAAGCACCUUGCCAGAGGACAUUUCCGCCUGGUAUUCUGGCCACGAUCGUUACCUUCUUGAAUCCAUGCUCAUAUUUGCUCUACGUCGGAAUUUCAUGCAGGCGGCUUCUAAAAUUGCAUCGGUGAUGCGACAGGGUGGUUUGCAGCCCUCCAGCAUGACAUUGUGGUGCCUCAACGCGCAAUCCUCUCGUCUUCACAAUCUUGCCAAACAAUGCUGCACUACUUCCGCGGAUUCUGAACUUGUGCGCAUAUUGGAGGAACUAUCGGAAGCCGCUGAGGCUCUGGUUACUGCUGUGGGAUGUGAGAGUCCUUUUCGGUCUCCCCUCCUCCGCUACAAGCUCGACGUGGACAAACUUCUCAUGUUUCUCUACCUUGAAUCGCCCAAGGAGGAUCAAUUUCCUCACCUAGACAGGGAAAUCCAGUCAUUUCGCAGUGACUAUGCGAGAUUGCUAACAUCGGCAGGCGAAGCCGAGAGCUACAUUGCCAAUGUUUGGUCAUCUAACCGGGAAACAGCCUUUGCGGUUCUCUUUGCUGACGCCCAAGUCGUGGCUAGUCACCUCCCCUACACCUUCUUCGAUCAGGUUGGAACACGCCAUCAUGAAUUAUUUGUGCAAGCGGUGAAGAAAACGCAGACCGGAUUCGGUCAAGUUGUGCUUUCGGUGUUAGCCGAUGCGAAAGAGGAGCUCACCGAAUCAAAGCUUACUCAAAUUGCGGACGCUUUGAGGUCCCCUUGA